AUGUCUUCCCCUCCGGCACUUCCACCUAGCAUCGGUCUGCUAGCCGGUCCCCAACUUCUUGGCUUCUUCUUCUCCUGGGCACUGCAAGGGAUCCUCACCACUCAGGCGUGCAAGUACCAUAUAUACUGCCUCUACUUUCCCGAUGACCACAGAUGGACCAAGUGCUUGGUCGCCGGCGUGGUCAUCUGGGAAUGGAUUCAAACGGGUCUCGUGACGCAAACCGCCUUCGACAUCGACGUCACCCACUUCGGCGACAUCUCCGUGCUCACCGCGUACGGCAACACCUGGUUCAGUGUCCCGGUCAUGUCCGCCGUCGUCUCCUUUGUCGUGCAAUGUUACUUCGCGUGGCGGGUGUGGGUGUUGGGCAAGUCCAAGAUUGCCGUGGGCGUGAUCCUCUUCUUGUCGUUCUCGCAAACGGUUCUGGGCAUAGCGGGAGGAAUCACGCUGAAGAUCAUUGAUGCCAACGCCGUGGAGGCAAGUGUCAACCGACCGAUCGUUGCAGCAGGACUGGUCGUUGCCACGGUGGUCGACGUCCUCAUCGCCGCUCUAAUGACUUACUACCUUUUGCAAGCCAGAAGCGGAAUGAGACAGACAGACGCCGUCGUUAACAAGCUGGUCACUUUAGUGGUAGAGACAGGAGCACUGACCGCGACCGUCGCGUUCCUGUACUGUGUUAUCUUCUUGCUCGACACCAAGGACCUCCUGUUCGAGUGCCCUGCCCUCGUCCUCCCCAAGCUCUACUCCAACACGCUCAUCGUCAGCCUCAACAACCGCGCCUUCAUCCGCGGCGCCAUUUCCAAAUCCCUCAGCUCCGGGUCCUACACGUCCGGGGCUGCUGGCCCGACCGUCUUCUCCCGCAACACGUUCCAGAACGCGAGCCGCGCCCGGGGCGGUGUCGAGUCCGGCGUUCACAUCGACAUCGACGUCGUCGAGAACGCGUACGACGGCCGCCCUAAGCCCGCGGUCGAGCUCGUGUCCAUGGGCGCAGCUAGAGACGCCGGAUCCGGUGACGCUAUGCACUACGGACGCCAGAAGGAGUAG